AGUUUUCUCACUAUGUUCACUUUGACGUAUAUUCUGAAGCGUGAUUCAGCACAUCCAUCUAAUAAUGGAAGCUCUCUGUAGCAGCAUGAGUGGGAAUGUAAACCAAGGAGCUAGAUUUAAAACAAGAGUGCUGAUCGGCAUCCGCUUCCGUCUUAUGCCCUGUGCGGGUUUGGCCGCCAUUGUGGGCAGCAGAAUACAGAAACUCUUCAUUGAAAACAUGCCCUCGGCAUACUGCUCAGCAAUAAUUGCUCGAAUAAACAGUCCAAAACCAGUGUCGGAACUACAGGGUGGCCAGUGGUGGCCGUGGCCCAUCCAGACGACGCAGGUAUCAACUUUGUGAGCCACCCCUAUCUCUGAGGGCUUGAUAGACGACGUGUGAGACAACAUCAUGAAGGAGUGAAGGAACUACUCUCUGAGACUUGCAGGCAGCUCCGGCCGGAGGGAGCAGACGGAGGUCCACCAGCAUGGCCCAGCCUCUGCUCAAGAGGACCUUCUCACGGCUGCGAGGCAAGAACAAAUCCCGUAGGAAGUCUGAGCCCCAAGUCAACGACGAUGUUCUGCUCCAGUCAAAUGUCCUGCAGAACUCUUUUGAUUCUGUACCCUCAAUGACAGCCAAGACCAGAAAGGCUGUGGCAGACUCGGAUCCCCCUUUGCUAAACCUUAUCACGUCAAAGAAGCCGCAGUGGGUGUGGCAAGGGUCAGAGGCUCCGCCCACACCACGCCUCUCAAAUGCUACAGGCCAAAACUCUGAUGGGGAAAGAAAGUCCAUUUGUACACUGGGACAGAAGAAGGCUCAGAGGCAAACACAGGAAAAGGAGGCCUCCCAGCCAGCAGGCGUUUCCGUUCAUCCAAACAUGCCAGUCAGCACCAAGCUGUCCGGUCAGCGUGCCUACCUGCAGAGCUUGGACCGCAGCAGUCGAGAUUGGGUUCUGUCGUCAGGAAAGUCCGACACUUCAGAGGAGGUCUGCAGGCUGUAUCGGGAAAGCGGCAGCAACAUUUGGUACAACCCGAUCCCAGAGGAGGAGGAUGUAGCCGGAUUGCCAAAAAAACAGGAUGUGUGGAUGAGGAGGGACCCCAGGCAAGCAGAACCAGAAAGACUGGGUGCUGCUGAGACCAGAAUCGAUAGCUCAGCUAAAGCUGAUGCUUGCUCAUCGGACGCCAUCAACCUGCAUGCUGAUGACGUCACAGCAGAAAGUGCAGACUUCAACCCCGCCUUCCAAAAAAAAGGGGGCAUGAUUGACAGACUGAGGUCUCCUGGCACAGUGAGGAAACUCUCCUUAAAGAUGAAGAAACUUCCUGAGCUCAGACGCAAAAUCAGUCUUCGCUCUUCCCGUGUGCGACAAGAAGGCGACAGAGCAGGCGGAGCGGACAAACCCAGCAACAAGAACGUGUCAGACCAGAACGUCAUCAGUCGAUAUCACCUGGAUAGCUCCGCUCCUCCCGCUUUGCCAAUGCGGCGGUCAUCGAGAGGACGCUCCGCCAGUAAAGGAGGUUAUCUUAGUGAUGGAGACUCACCAGAGCUGCUGCCUCGGCAAGCCAGUGACAUGGCUUCAUUCCAGCUGUACAUGGACGCUGAGCCUCCACGACACUGCCAGCGCAUGACAGGUUUGCUGACUGUUCACCUUCUGGGCCUGGAGCAGAUGAAAUCAAAGCGGUCAGAUGAAAGCAAAGAGAUUUUUCUUGUCAUCCAGAUUGAUGGAGUCACUCGGGCCAGGACCGCCCUCCUCGCCCUGCAAGGCCACACCCUCUCAUUAAACCACACCUUCCACCUGGAGCUGGAGAGAGCGUGGCAACUACGGGUGGUGGUGCUGACGCCAGGUAAAGCUGGCGUGACGUUGCACUGCUUACACCUGGACUAUUUCUGUUAUGUGAUUCGUCUUCAUUUGACCAAUCACCACCCAGCAAGAAGUCACCCAGAGUCCAACCAGAUCAGGAACAGGGUUUGCUGUCUGGGGGGAGUGGCUAUCCCGCCUCUCUUCAAAGGAAGUCGCAGUCAACGCCUGUGUGUGAAGUUGGAACCGAGAGGCCUUCUUUACAUCAAACUGUUUUUGCAGGAACAAUGGGACAUGCAGUUUGAUAGAACCUCAGCAGUACCUGCUAAUGUGUUUGGGGUAGAACUGCGCCGUCUGGUGGAGGAAGAAGGAUCGGCCUCUUUGGUUCCUUUGCUCAUCCAGAAGACCGUGGCAGAGAUCGAACGGCGAGGACUGAAGGUUGUGGGUCUGUACAGACUUUGUGGUUCUGCAGCGGUGAAGAAGGAGCUCAGGGAUUGGUUUGAGAGGAACACUUCAGACGUGUGCCUUGGUGAGGAUCUCUAUCCUGACAUCAACGUUCUUACUGGCAUACUGAAAGACUACCUGCGGGAGCUGCCAUCUCCGCUCAUCACCUCGACUUUGUACGAGGUCGUUAAGGAAGCUAUGACCCUACAACCCCCCCCUGCCACCCCUGACCUCCACUUAUCCCAGAGCACAGUGGAGCUGCUGUCAUGUCUACCAGCACCAGAGCGGGCCACUUUGUCUCACCUGCUGGACCACCUCAGCCUGGUAGCAUACUUCAGCUCGUCUAACAGGAUGACUCACCAAAACCUGGCGGUCUGCUUUGGCCCGGUACUCCUUAAACAAACGCAGGAGGACUGGAGGGGAGGUCAAGGAGGAGUGAAGGGUUUACAUCAUGGAGAGGAUUUAGCAAACGCAGUUGAUUUCAAACUACACAUUGAGGCGUUACACUACCUGCUGCAGCUGUGGCCAGUGCCAACCAACAGAAUCCCGGCAGACGACACUGACGUCUCGCUGACCCAUUCAGGCCUGCAGCAGCAACAGCAUCCUAUUUUGGAGGAAGCGGUGGUGUCACGUCGGGGGCGAGAUGGUGUGGCACGCCUGGACAGUCCGCCCCCAAUCAACCGCUAUGCUGGCGAUUGGAGCAUCUGUGGGCAAGAUCUUCUGCCUGGACAGGAAGCUGAUUAUGAUGAGGUGGCAGGAAGUGAGAGCGAUGAAGGUAGCGACCAUGAAGUGGACGAAGCAAAGAAAGAAGCAUGGUUUCCGACGGGAAGCAGAUCUCUCUUUGUGGAUGACGUCAUGGAUUUUGACGCUCCGUUUACCUGCCGACUCAGCUUGAAGGACUUUGACAGUCUGAUUCACGACCUGGACCGACAGCUAGCCAAACAGAUCAACAUCUGUCUGUAGGCAGUGAUUAGCAGGAGCUUAGGCCAAAAAACAAACCCCGUCAGACUGAUGAGGUUGGACGACGCCGCAUGACGGUCACUGACAAAAUGAUGCUCAUGUGCAAACUAUUUCACUGUUGACCUUUUGCACUGCUCAAGCCAUACUUUCACUUUUUGUUGAUGUGAAGAAAACUGCACUCUGUUUAAAUGAUGACUUUUGUUUCGUAUUAUUUUUCAGCACUUGCUUAUUUGGAAUGUUGGACAGUUCGGGUCAAGAUAAAGUACUAAGUGCAGUUUUAUUCCAACAGUAUGGUUUCCAUAGCGCCACCUUGUCUUUUACUUACGGUUCUUGUCCCUCACUGAUGCUGAUCAGUGUUAAUGGUACCAAGUUUGUGACUGAUGCUCCAAACUGAGCACGCUCUGAUGAUAUGUUUGUUUUUUUGUCAGUAUUACGUUUUGCACAACUUCAGAAUGCACUUGUUUUUGUAACCAAAUGAUGCACAGCAGCUUGCCAGUCUUAAAAAUAAAAUCACUUUCUCUAAAACGGAGUGGAACGGCUCGUAAAAUGUCCACGUUAUGAAGACCCAAGAUGCAACAUUCAUCAGUGAACGCGAUACUGGUACUGCUGGUAUUUGGUCGACAAACUCUGAGGAACCGAGUCAAGUGUGUUCACGGAGAACAAAGAACGGUAUCCCCGCUU